GCGCCGCCAGCCCGGAAGGAGCCGGCCGGCCUGAGCGCCCGCGGCGGCUGAGUCAACUGGCGAGCGCGGCCCGUUACCGCCGGCGCCGGGGGCCGGGGUGGCGCUGUGGUUUCGGUGCGGGCCGCGGGCGGGAGGGAGGCGGCCUAACGAGCUCUCCGCACGCACCUUCCCCCGCCCCGCUCCUGUCCCGUCCCGCGGGGGCCCCGGCGUCCAGCUCUGGUGUCGGCCCCGAGAGCCCUGGUCUCACCGUGGGAGCCGGGCGCGGGUCCCGCCGGCAUCUGCGCGGCGGCUGGGGGUGACCGCAGCCCCUCGGGGUCGGCAGCGGGCCCCGCGCUCCCGGUGGCUGCGGCCUGAGGGUCCCUCUUCCCUGCGCAGGGGCCCGCGCGCCUCACCAUGGGGCCCCUGAGCCGGGACGCCUGGGCCCAGCGCUUGGGGGCCUUCCGGGCCAGCCCGUCCGCCUUCAUGGCAGGUCCCGAGGGGGAGGAUUUGGGUCGCGACCUGCUGGGCGACCUGAGAAGUGAGAAGCUGAGCGAACAGACCAAGGUUUCCCUGCUGGCCCUGAGCAUGGAGUACCCUGCGCAGAUGUGGCCCGACGCCUCUGCGGCCGAGGUGGCCGCCACCUCCCUGUUGGACACCUUGGUCCUCCUACCCCCGCGGCCCUCAGCUCUCCGUCGGCCACUGCUGCUGGCGGCCACCACUGCCCUGGCGGCGGGCGGCGCGCUGGGCCCCACCUCGGGCGCCUCCUGCCGGCUCCUGCCCCUACUGCUCGGCCUGGCCGCGGGUAGCGAUCUGGGGCGAGGCUUUGUCCCCGCCUCGGAACAGCGCCCCUUGCAGGCCACCGCCUGCGAGUGCCUGCGAGAGCUAGAGAGCUGCAAGCCCGGGCUGCUGGGGGGCUCCCUGGGGUUGCUGCGGGGCCUGCUGGGGCAGGAAGGCCCUGUCCAGCCACUCAGCCUGUUGCUGGCCCUCGCUUUGCGCAACACCUUGGUGCUCCAGUCCCGGGUUGGGGCUGGCCUGGGGGGACUGCUCACGGAUAAGGUCUCCCCAACUGGGGGUGGUCCCUGGGAUUGGACACUAGUGGAGGAGGGCGAUGGACGUCUUCAGCCCCAGGCACCCAGCUGGCCGGCAGCUGAGGAGGGAGAGGGGGAGCAUAGCCUUACAGCACGAGAGCACAGCCCUGAGGAGGCGCGGGAGCUGCGGGCUGCGGUGAUCCAGCUUCUGGACACCUCCUAUCUGCUCACUCCUGUGGCCCAGGCCCAGCUCCUGUGGCUGCUGGGCUGGGCCCUGCGGGGUCUGCAGGGACAGCCACCGGCACUCUUCAAGCCGCAGCUGGUACGGCUGCUAGGCACAGCACAGCUGACACUGUUGCACGCCGUGCUUGCGCUCAAGGCGGCCUUUGGUGAGGCCCUGUUCACAGCCCAGGAUGAAGCGUUGCUGCUCCGCCGGCUCACCUUGGCUGCCCAGCACCCUGCUCUGCCUCCGCCCACCCAUCUCUUUUACCUGCACUGCGUCCUGAGCUUCCCUGAGAACUGGCCGCUGGGCCCUGAAGGUGAGGAGGCUGCCCCACUGCUGCUAGGGCCCCAGCUAUGCCGUGGUCUCCUGCCCAGUCUCCUGCAUGACCCAAUGGCCCUCCUGGCCCGCCUGCAUUUACUGUGCCUGCUCUGUGCUGAGGAGGAAGAAGAGGAGAAAGGCCAGCUUCCAAGCCCACGGCACUACCUGGAAGAGCUGCUGGCUGGCUUGCGGCAGCGGGCAGCCCUGGAUGGGGGCCCCCGGGCCUUGGCCACUCUCUGCUUCCAGGCCUCAUAUCUGGUGGCCUGCUGCCUGGCUGGGCAACCUACGGUGCUGACCCCCUUGAUCCACGGACUGGCCCAGCUGUACCAAGCCCGGCCCAUGCUGGCUCCCCACUUUGUGGACCUCUUGGAUCAGGUGGACUCUGAGCUGAGGGAGCCCCUGAAGGUGGUGUUGCGGCAGGUGGUGGUGUCCAGGCCGGGCAAGGAUGAAGCUCUUUGCUGGCACUUGCAGAUGCUGGCAAAGGUGGCAGAUGGAGAUGCCCAGAGUGCUACCCUCAACUUUCUACAGGCCGCGGCUGCCCACUGCACGAACUGGGACCUACAGCAGGGCCUGCUGUGGGUCUGCCGGGCGCUGCUGCGGGCAGGGGUGAGGGGCGGCCUGGUCGACUUGCUGCAGGUGCUGGCCAGGCAGCUGGAGGACCCUGAUGGGCGUGACCACGCCCGCCUCUACUACAUCCUGCUGGCACACCUGGCAGCACCCAAGUUGGGGGUGGCCCUGGGCCCCUCGCUUGCCGCACCUGCACUGGCCUCUUCACUGGUGGCCGAGAACCAGGGCUUUGUGGCAGCACUGAUGGUGCAGGAGGCCCCGGCCCUGGUACGGCUGAGCAUGGGGUCCCAUCGGGUCAAGGGCCCACUCCCAGUGUUGAAGCUCCAGCCGGAGGCGCUGGAGCCCAUCUACUCUCUGGAGCUGCGCUUCCGUGUGGAAGGACAGCUGUAUGCACCCCUGGAGGCUGUCCAUGUGCCCUGCCUGUGUCCUGGCCGCCCUGCCCGCCCUCUGCUCCUACCGCUGCAGCCCCGAUGCCCGGCCCCCGCACGGCUGGAUGUCCAUGCCCUUUACACCACAUCCACUGGUCUCACGUGCCAUGCCCACUUGCCACCCCUGUUCGUGAACUUUGCCGACCUCUUUCUGCCUUUCCCGCAGCCUCCAGAGGGGGCCGGGCUGGGCUUCUUUGAGGAGCUCUGGGAUUCCUGCCUGCCAGAGGGUGCUGAGAGUCGUGUGUGGUGUCCACUUGGGCCACAGGGCCUGGAGGGCUUGGUGUCCCGCCACCUGGAGCCUUUCGUGGUGGUGGCCCAGCCUCCUACCAGCUACUGUGUAGCGAUCCACCUGCCCCCAGACUCAAAGCUGCUGCUGCGGCUGGAGGCGGCCCUGGCAGAUGGAGUGCCUGUGGCCCUGCGGACCGAUGACUGGGCCGUGCUGCCCCUGGCGGGGGACUACCUCCGUGGGCUGGCGGCUGCUGUCUGAGCCCCGGGAGACCAGGUGGGGGCAGGACUGUGGCCCUUAUGGGGGCCAAGGCACACUCCUGUAGCUCUGUCGCCAAAACCGUGCAUUCCGCAGUGCCCUCGCUGGCUUGUUUUCUUUUGGGCCCCGGUUGGGAGCAGGCUCCUGGGGGUGAGGGUCUGUCUUAGUCUGUUUUUGCUGCUCUAGCAAGAUCCCUGAGACGGGGUAAGUUAUAAUAAACAGAAAUGUAUUGGCUCAGA